GGUCUUCAACUUCUGACCUCUGUUAUGUGAUGCUACAGUCUAGAGAUGCUGUAUUUGGGAGGAAACCUCAUCUCCUCCAUCCCACCUGAGGUGGCUAACCUCAUCAGUCUGAGAUACCUGGUUCUAUGUGACAAUCGCAUCCAAAGCAUACCGCCCCAGCUCAACAAACUACACUCCCUGCUCUCUCUCAGUCUCCACAACAACCUGCUGACCUUCCUCCCUCGUGAGAUCCUCAGCCUUGUCCAUUUGCAGGAGCUCAGUCUGCGUGGAAACCCUCUUGUUGUGCGCUUCAUCAAGGAUAUGACCUACGACCCUCCAUCCCUGAUGGAGCUGGCAGGACGCACCAUCAAGUCCCAGAACCUCCCGUUCAGCUCGUGUGACCUACCGUCCAAUCUGAUCCAUUAUUUAAACCUGGCUAGCGAAUGUCCCAACCCAAAGUGUGCAGGUAGGGGAGGACAAUAAGGCUGUAUAAUCUGUGAAAAAGAGACAUAUUUAGGAUAACAGUAAAAAAUUAUCUAUAUCCUGUGAGGAUAACCUUGCUUUAGACAGCAUCAUGCAUUAAUUAAAGGAAUAUUCUGGGUUCAGUACCAGUUACCUCAACUAAUGGGAUUUGUGGUAUAGUGUUGAUUACUUCAUCUUGUCCCUCAUUCAUCAAAAAAGGACAACAAUUGGUGUUACACUGUUACAGCUUGAGGCUGUCUACACUGGACGCUUAAAAGCAGACGUUCCAAAUCCAUUAGUCCUGUUGUCGGAAGUAGCGCAAGUGCUUGGAGUGCAUGUGAAACAAAGCUGUGAAAAUGUAUAUAACUUUACACAGAAAAGAUUAGUAUACUAUGACACACCAAAAGAGAAUUUUAAAAAAGAAAUCAGACUAUUGCACACAAAUAAGAAAAAGUUUGCACAAGCAUGUGAAGCCUCUGCAUACUUAUGUGAAACAUUCGCAUGCUUAUGUGAAAUUUUCGUGUUUGCACAAUACAUUUUCCAUGCUAGUAAUUUUUUCUUUUCUUGUUCGCAUGCAAAAGUCAAUGGAUAUUUUAUUUUUGCAAAGGUUCCUUUAGGGGCUCUGUGAAGUAAAUUAUUUUUUCAUGCUAAAAUUGUGUUAACGUGCACAAGUUUGCGACUAAAUUGCGGAAAGUAAGAAUUUUAAUAUUUACAGAUUGAACCCAUUCACUCAAAAAUUUGUGCCUUUUUUUUU